AUGGGACCCUUGGAAAGGCCAUCCACUGGCUGGACGCAUAAGGACACAGAGAUGCAAGCUGGUCCCCAGCCUGAUGAGAAGAGCAGGGGAUGGAGGCCUGGAGACAGGAACGCUGCCCCUUCCCCCCUCACCCCUGUCCUGUCCUUCCUCCUCUUCUUGCCGCUGGCCAGCGCCCUACAGCCCACCUCACUGCCCUUUCCAGACCUGAGGCUGGUGGGGGGCCCGAGCCGCUGCCAGGGACGCCUGGAGGUCCUACACGGCGGCUCCUGGGGCAGCGUCUGCGACGACGACUGGGACGUGGUGGACGCCAAUGUGGUGUGUCGUCAGCUGGGCUGCGGCCUGGCUCUACCCGUGCCGCGGCCCCUCGCCUUCGGCCACGGCCGCGGCCCCAUCCUGCUGGACAACGUGGAGUGCCAUGGGCAGGAAGCUGCGCUGAGCGAGUGUGGCAGCCGAGGCUGGGGCGUCCACAACUGCUUUCACUACGAGGACGUGGCCGUCCUGUGUGACGAAUUCUUGCCCACGCAGCCCCCAACAAGGAAAGUGUUAACCAGUAGGGCAUCCCCUACAACUCCCCAGAAUGGAAAAGGUGAGGGCAGCGUGCGCCUGGUGGGGGGCGCGGGCCCGUGUCAGGGCCGAGUGGAGAUCCUGCACGGUGGCCUGUGGGGCACCGUGUGUGACGAUGACUGGGGGCUGCCGGACGCCACCGUGGUCUGCCGCCAGCUAGGCUGCGGGGCGGCCCUGGCAGCCACCACCAACGCCUUCUUCGGCUACGGCACGGGGCACAUCUUGCUGGACAACGUGCACUGUGAAGGAGGCGAGCCCCGUCUGGCAGCCUGCCUGAGCCUAGGCUGGGGGGUGCACAACUGCGGCCACCACGAGGACGCCGGCGCGCUCUGCGCAGUCCUGGGGCACCUGACUCUCACAGCACUGCCACCGUCGGGCACAAGAGCGGACUGGGCCUGGCACACAGAGCCAGAGGCUACAGGAAUUGGUGCCCUGCCUUCCAGGGAGCCGGCACUGUUCACCACAGCGGCCUGGGCGGCGGGGAAGAAAAGCGGGCGGCUGCGGCUGGUGGGCGGCCCGAGUCCGUGCCGCGGCCGCGUGGAGGUGCUAUACGCCGGGGGCUGGGGCACCGUGUGCGACGAUGACUGGGACUUCGCGGACGCGCGCGUGGCCUGCCGCGAGGCGGGCUGCGGGCCGGCGCUGGGUGCCACGGGCCUCGGCCACUUCGGCUACGGCCGCGGCCCCGUGCUGCUGGACAACGUGGGUUGCGCCGGCACGGAAGCCCGCCUGAGCGACUGCUUCCACCUGGGCUGGGGGCAGCACAACUGCGGCCACCACGAGGAUGCGGGCGCGCUCUGCUCAGGCCCAGAGGAGCUAGUCCAGCAGGAUGGUGCUGAGACCACCCAGGUGCCCACUCCUCGGCCCAGGGACGGGCACUUACGUCUGGCCAACGGAGCCCACCGAUGCGAGGGCCGUGUAGAGCUCUUCCUAGGGCAGCGGUGGGGCACUGUUUGCGAUGAUGCUUGGGACAUGCGGGCAGCCGGCGUCCUGUGUCGCCAGCUGGGCUGUGGCCAGGCCCUGGCAGCCCCUGGUGAGGCCCACUUUGGCCCAGGCCGAGGCCCUAUCCUCCUGGACAAUGUCAAGUGCCGUGGGGACGAGAGUGCCCUGCUGCUCUGCUCUCACAUCCGCUGGGAUGCCCACAACUGUGACCACAGUGAGGAUGCCAGUGUCCUGUGCCAGCCAUCGUGACCCAACCCACUCUGCAGACCACCUCUUCUGGGAGCCUACUGUGGCCUGCUCCUCCUCCUCCAGGAAGUCCUCCUCCUCCAGGAAGUCCUCCUCCUGUGACAACUGCAGUUCACUCUGCCCUUCCCUCCCCUUGCCUGGGAGAGAGCCUGCCCAGAUGGUGUAGUCCUGCCUGAGGGAGCCUGGCUCUAUCCCAUGAACUUAGUGUGUGACCUCACCUGUCAUCACCUACUGUGGGCCCAGUUCAAUGAAAACUCCUACUUUCUGCUCAGCUAAAACAGAAAAUGGUGGGAAGGGAAGAACUCCUAACUUUCCUCUUUGGUGGGACUCCUGUUAACAAUACCCUUAACCCAGCCUUCCUUAACCCUGGUCCAGGAGGUUCAGGUGCUCUCCGUAAAUGGGGUAUCUCCUUUCCCCCCACCCAUCUUGGGAUCCUCAAGAAGAGGGGAAGGCAGGAGAGGCCUACAGCUCUUACCUUAGACUAGCCUGGGGCUGCAGAAGAACCUGGGUCGUUGCCCUGGCCUGCUCUGUGAGGGCCUGGACUCAGAUGGUGCUUGGCUGGACAAGGGGACUGGAGGGGCCAAAGCAGGGACAGCGGCCCCUCCCUGCAGCUGGAACCAGCAACUCGAUUUAUGCUGCUCCCACCACAGAGCCUCCACUUUGCAGAAGCAAAGAACCCUGGGGGCCUGUAGCCACCCGUUCAUAGGUGCCAAGUCAAUAAAGCAUU